AUGAAUAAUUCGAGUUAAGGAGACUCUCCUAUGUCUCGUUUUGAUUUAUGUAUUGACUAAUUAACAUUUAGUUAUAUAAUCAUUCAAAUAGUGGAUGUUAACAAUCAUCAACGAGGCUUCAAUUGGUCUUUACUAAAUAUAAUCUCAUUUGAAGGAUUUGGUUAUGCAUUUUAGAAGAUUCAAAGAGGAUGAAGAAAAAUAGAUAAAGAAAUUAUCAAUAAUUAACACAUAACAAUAAAAUACUAUAGUAGAAUUGUAGGAAAUAGGAAAUUUGAAUAAAGAAUGGGCACCUAAGAUGUAGAGACUUCUUGAUUAAUUGUAAAAGAAUAAUAAUAAAAUAUGA